UGAAAACACCUGACUAGUAUUUAUCUGACAGCUGAUAUGUUGAGCGAGCUUUAAUAUCUGUUCAAUUAAGCUUCUCUAAUAUCCCUCUGCUCGUGCACAUAUGUUAAUGAGGCACGCGUCUCGUUGUUGUGUUGGUCGUGGAGGCGCUGUGUGUGUGUGUGAUGAGGCCGCGGAGGAGGUGUGUUGAGUUUGAUCUCUCCUCCUCUCUCCCUCCGCCGGGGAAACAACACGUGUGUAGCGGCAGCACCACGGCACUCUCAUGGCUGAAGAGGCCAAAAAACUAGCAGCUUAUGCAGCUGUGGACAACCACAUACAGAAUAAUCAGGUAGUUGGAGUGGGCAGUGGCUCAACUAUCGUUUAUGCUGUGGACCGGCUGGCUGAGAGGGUCAGACAGGAGAAGCUGAAUAUCGUGUGUGUUCCCACGUCCUUCCAGGCCCGUCAGCUGAUUCUGCAGCACGGUCUCACUUUGUCUGAUUUGGACAGGCAUCCUGAGCUGGAUGUUGCGAUUGAUGGAGCUGAUGAGGUUGAUGCUGCUUUGACGCUGAUUAAAGGAGGAGGAGGAUGCUUAGCCCAGGAGAAGAUUGUAGCUGGUUGUGCCAAACACUUUAUUGUCAUUGCAGACUAUAGAAAGGACUCGAAGGUCCUGGGGCAGCAGUGGAUGAAAGGUGUCCCGGUGGAGGUCAUUCCCAUGGCGUAUGUGCCUGUGUCCAGAGCCAUUGCCCGGCGCUUUGGAGGAGAGGCUGUGCUGAGGAUGGCAGUCAGUAAAGCUGGUCCAGUGGUUACUGAUAACAGUAACUUCAUCCUGGAUUGGAAGUUUGAGCAUGCACAGAACUGGAAAGAAGUCAACACAGCCAUCAAGAUGAUCCCAGGUGUGGUUGAGACCGGUUUGUUUGUGGGAAUGGCUGAGAGGGUGUACUUCGGUAUGGAGGACGGGAGUGUCAAGACUAGAGACCCCCCCAUCAACUAAGAAGAUCUUCCUCUGCUCUUGCGAUAGACCAGCCUGCACACCUCAAGUGCCGUUCAAAUACACAGUCUCUGGCAGGUUAUCUUAUUUUCUGUAACAGAAACCGUCAGAUGUCUGAUCAGUACCUCUCAUGCACAUGAAAUAUGGAUUUUCACUCAACAAUGCAACAUUAGAUCCUCAGACCCUUCAGAUAAACCCGUUUUUCCUCUCUUAUCCUCUGUCUGGACAAAUCAGCUUCUGUUGGGCUGGAGUCUACAGCGACUGUCCAUACGGUACAUCUACAGUGUCAGUUUGCCUUCUGUGCUUCUUUACGUAGCCAUUAAUGUUGUCUUACAUAUGUGUCUGUACAACUGUAUGAAUAUUGUGGCUUGCUUCUGUGCCUCCAUAAAUGUUAUUUUCACAAAGCAUAGUUGCUAGCUUUACAAAUGCAUGCAGCUUUUGAGAAAAUCUCAGUCACAUCCCAUUGCGUCAUUAGUAUAGUGUCUGUGGGUCUGUAUGAUCAGUUUGAAUCUGUUUUGUUGACUGAUUAUGACCGAUUUCCUCAGACGCUCCAAUGUGAAACCUCAAACGAAAUGAGUGGCCUUAGCCAGCACACAGCGGUUAGUUUAGUUCAGUGAUCAGUCAUCUCUGAGGAUUCUGCCCCUUGAUAAAAUACACUGUUUGAAGUUGGGAAAUGUCACUCGGCUUUUCAUAUUGAUUUUGUUUUUGUAUAAUUUUCUGAUGUGCCUGUGGCCACGAACACGAUGUUGUUGAGGGAUGAAAGCAGCAGUGAGUUGGUGGCACAGCUGAAAGCCUUAUCUUCUGUACAUGUAUUGAUCUUUCAGUUCUGUUAAUGAAAACUCUUCACAGGGGUCACUGUGAUUUUGGGGUAUCAUACUACUUAAAAUACCAGCAUGUGUUUUACUCUACCAAUUUUACUGUGAUACUGAGGUUUUCAAAUAUUAUGUUCUAACCUAAAAAAGUACAUUAAAAGUGGACCAAUCAAGUA